AUAUUAUUGAUUCAAGGUAAUGUGUAUUUUAAUUUUUGAAAUAAAUCAAACAAUAAUUUGGUGCCAACUCUGCGGUAACUAUGACAACCCCUGAGGGGUUUCAGACACCAUGUUGAAUACCAAGGUUCUUUUUAAUAUAAACCUAUAAAUAUAGAUAAAUAAUUAUGGUUAUAAAACAUCCAGCUUGGCCCAGUGCUUCAAUAAAGCAACAUUGCUGAUUUGGAUAGGCUUCAGACUUUUAAAUUUAAUAAAUAUUAUUAAAAGAUCACAAAACUUGUAUGAAACUAAAAGCAAUGACAGAAUUUUUUAAAACUGUCUUUAUUAUAGAUGAUCUGAGAAUCAAUUUACCAAUGAUUAGGGAUGCCAAAUGGAGCAGCGAUGAUGCUGCUGACAUGACACUCUUUCUCCGCCACAGAAAUGUCUCAUUCUAGACCACUGCUCAUCCCGUGGCUGCGGGCCCAGAUUGACAGCGAGAGGUAUCCCGGUGUCCACUGGACAAACCCGGAGCGAACAGAGUUCUGUGUCCCGUGGAAACAUGCUUUAAGACAGGACUCCUCUGAUGUUGACAUCCUCAUCUUUAAGGCCUGGGCAGAAGUGAGUGGCAAUGGGCGGGCUCACGGGGACUCGUCAGUCUGGAAAAGGAACUUCCGCAGCGCCCUCCGAGCCAAAGGCUUCAAAAUGGUCAGCGACAGCAAGAAUGAUUCUGCUAACCCCCAUAAAGUGUUUCACUGGCCGGAUGAGCUAGCUUCAGGAGCUAACUCUUCUGCUGGAUCCCAGGACCAAGAUGACCUCGAUUUGCUUGAGGAUAUCGGCCUUCCAACACCAGAGAGCCAUGCCAUCCCAUGCUUAGAUGACCUUCUCUAUCUGCCAGAAGGUAAGGAACUGGAACCCAGUGAAUGCAUUUUAUAUCUCUGAAAUUUCCUUUACCCUGC